AGUAAUCCAUCCAAUGAGUAUUGUCCGGGGGUAAAGUGAACAUCACGUGUGAAGUAAGUGCGCGUGUUGUUAGCAGAGCGCACGUUAGCCUCUCCCCCCACCAAUUCGGUGGUGUCCCCCUUGUCCUAUCCUGUCCACAUCUCAAAACCUGCCGCCCACCACCACCACCCAAAUAUGUUACCAAACGCCACCACCAUUCCUUUUUCUCAUCACCACAAACACCACCCUCUCUCCCACCACACUCCUCUUCCUCAAUGGCUUCCUCCCCCUCAAACACCACUCUUCCCUCUCUUCCAGAUCCACCCAUCGCCGUCCCCCUCGCUCUCCCAGCCCCACUCCCUCUCCCACCUUCCACCCGUCGCCUUCCUCCUCCCUGCUGGUCCCCCGACGAAACGCUCGCUCUCAUCGAUUCGUAUCGCGACAAAUGGUACUCUCUGGGCCGUGGAAACCUGAAGGCCACGCACUGGCAGGAAGUGGCUGACGCUGUUUCGCAUCGUUGCCCUAACGCUUCUCCCGCGAAAACUCCCGUUCAAUGCCGGCAUAAGAUGGAGAAGCUGAGAAAGCGUUAUCGCACUGAGAUUCAACGUGCUCGCUCACUUCCUGUCGCUCGAUUUAACUCCGCUUGGGUUCACUUCAAACUCAUGGAUUCCAUGGAGAAAGGUCCUUCUCCGAUUAAAUCUGAAAACAACGAUUCGGAUAGCCCCGAUGAUGACGAAGAAGAAGAUCAGGAUCAAGAUCUGUACAUGGAUAUCAAAAACGGCCACGGAUCUAACACUAGAAGCAUCAAUAAACUAUAUAGGAACGGUUUCGGUGGUGGUGGUGGUGUUGGUGUUAGUGGAGGGUUCAGGAUUAGGUUUCCGAAUGCACAACCUGAAUCAAGAUUUCCUCCAGAUCAGAAGUAUAACCCUAACUUGCAUCACAACUACGGGACUCCGAUGCCGCCUCCUCCGGCUGCAACGAAGGGAUUAGGUAAUAAAAGAGAAAGAGAUCCAUUGGGAGAGGUUGUAUCUGCGAUCAAGGUAUUGGGAGACGGGUUUGUGAGGAUGGAGCAAAUGAAGAUGGAGAUGGCAAGGGAGAUUGAAGCAAUGCGAAUGGAUAUGGAAAUGAAGCGCACUGAGAUGAUUCUCGAAUCUCAGCGACGAAUUGUGGAGGCGUUUGCCAAAGCUGUUUCCGAUGAUAACAACAACGGAAGCAACCACAAGAUGAAGCCUGUUAAUAAGAGAAUUCCAUCACCACAACAACCAUGAUAUUCGACAAUCAUAAUUGGAACUCAAAUGGUUUGCUCUAGUAAGUAGCACAAAUCAAGUUUAUGUUUUUGUUUUGUUUUAGUUAUUUUUGCUUUGUGGUCACUUUUUGUAACUUUAUAUAAAGAUACAGUGAUGUGCAACUUGAUCUGCUUUAGCUUGAUUGUUGGUGAAUCAUGAAUGUAGCUUUAGAUUUUCAGUUUCU